AUGAAAAACAUUCAAUCAGAAGAAGAAAAAACCAUCGAAAUUGUUGAUGAUGAUAAUAAUAAUGAUAAUUUGACUACAGCAACAAUCAUCACGUCAGAAAUUAGUAGUAGUAGUAAAGGUAGGAAUGGCGAGGAAAGUGGUGGUAAUUUAAUGACCAGGAAAUUAACAAAGAAAUUAAAUUCACCAAAAAAUAAUAAUAAAAAACCAGCAUCAAUAUCAUCAUCAAUAUCAUCAACAACAUCUACAUUAAUAAUAAAGCCAAAAAAAAUUAUAAAGAUCGAAAGGGACUAUACCAAUGGAGAAUCAUGUCAAUUCAAUAAUAAUCUUCCUAAAGAAAUCAACGAAAGGAUAAGUCCAAUAAGAUUUAAAGAAACAAUUAACAGGUUGAAUGAAUUAUUAGAGAAAGCGAAUAAUCCCAAAUAUGCUGUAAUUGGCAAUAUUCUUGAAUGCUUAACAAUAUACACUUCAACAUUUUGUUUGAGAUCAAAUUAUGACAAGAUGAUCGAGGAGGUCUGUCUAUUUUUAGACGAUGAGAAUAUAAAUUAUUAUAAUCGAUUGGGUUUAAACUUUAGAGAUCCGUUUGCGAUUAACGAUAAAGAAAAGGCAAUCGUAGUUGCUUUUAGAGGUACAGCAAAUGUAAAAAGCUUCCUUAAUGAUCUCGAGUUUCUUCAAGUUCCAUUUUUUGACAAAUCUAACAAUGCAAAGGUUCAUUCUGGAUUUCUUGCUACAUAUAACGACACAAGAACAGAAAUAACAAAUUUAGUAAAAAAAUUGGUCGCUGAAAAUCCCGAUUACAAAGUUGUUACCACUGGCCAUAGCUUAGGUGGAUCAUUAGCAGUUUUCCAAACCCUUGAUUUAAUCGGAGUACCAGGUUUAAAUCCAUCAAACUUGUUAACUUAUACAUAUGGUGAACCAAGAACAGGAGAUAAAAAUUUCGCUGCUUUGGUUGAAAAAACCGGCUUUAGUUUUUUCAGAGUUGUAAAUAAAGCUGACCUAGUUCCACACGUGCCACCUCAAGCAUUUAAAUACCAACAUCAUGAUCCCGAGGAUAAAACUUGCGCAAAUUCUCAGAAACUUCCAAAUAUUAACUUGAUUAACCAUGCAAAAUAUUUUGAUACAGUUUUCUUAUUGACUUGUCUCAAAAAAUAA